AUGCAAUCGCGACCGCAACGGGUGGGAGAUCAGGUGCGGGCCGAAUUGUGCACAUUGCUGCAGCGAUCGGUACGCGAUCCGGCGCUGCGCUUCGUCACGGUGACACAUGUCCAGAUGACGCGAGACUUGCAGCAUGCGCGCGUGUACUACACGGCCCCGAGCGCGGCGACGCCACGCGACACGGUUCGAGGUCUUCGGCGGGCAGCAGCAUACCUGCGGGGACAGUUGGGACACCGGCUCCGGCUCAGACACGUACCGGAGUUGACUUUCGUGUAUGACGAGUCAAUUGCACGUGAGCAACGGAUCGCCGAGGUACUCGAAGAGUUACAGAUCGAGCGCACGUCAGAGACCGACCGUGACCCCGUUACCUCUUGA